AUAUAAACAAUCUUCUCGAAUUAAUAUUUCGAACGACUCUCCCUUCCAAAGUUAAUCUCCGUCGUGCUCUGCGUAUACGCGAUACCUGCCAUACGCAUGACGUCAGCACCCCAGAAACCUUGCACUCCAUAAAACUCCUCCUCCUCCUCCUCCUCCUCUUCUCUCCUCCAAAAUAAUCACAAGUACCCCUUCGACGAAUACCAGCAUGACUACCCACCAGACCCCACAACGCGAGCCGCCGUUGUCGCCUUUGCUCGCCUCCGUUCCAGUCCCACCACCCCUCCUCAUCCCCAUCGUCCAAACCACCGCCGACGCUGUCACCAUCACGCAUGCGCCGGCGCCCACCACGCAUUACCUCUUAACUCGACCAGCCAUCCGUGCUUCAUCUCGACAUUUCCAUGAUCUGCAGUUACAGCGCCUCGUCCUUCCCGAGGGCGGAGGAGCCGCGAAACAUGUUCCUGUGUUGAAUAUGGAAUACCACUCUAUAUUGAGACAUACGAAGGUUAGGGACGUGCUCACAAACAAAAUCAUCGCCAAGUUUUCUCAGAAAUAUGUCGAGCUACAAGGCGCUGAGACGCGUCGAGCAUCUGUCGGGAUGGAGCGGCCGCACACGCUAUCAUUCAUCUUGGGUGGGGUGGGUUCGGAGUGGAAGUCGUCAGGACAGCAUACUUGGACCGGCGCAAACGGAAACACUCAACUCUCUCUCGAGGAAAUCCAUCCAGAUCCAUCAAACCCGUCCCUCGACCCCAAAGUCCCGUACCUCAUUGUUCGGGAACCGGACGCAGUACCAGGCGUAGCCGCAGCGAGUGGGGCGGCGGAUGCGAGUACACAGCAAGGCAGGGAGAGGGAGUGGGUCUUGAUUCAGGCUAUGUGGAUCGCGUGGGCGACGGAGGAGGAGGUGUUGAAGGUUGAGAUUGAUGGGUUGGGGAAGAGGAGGAGGAGGUUGAGUGUUGGGUAACCAACUGUCUCCCCUUCCUUCAGUGUACGAUAAAUGAGUGGAUGCGCGCGCA